CCUUCGGCCCAUUAGUAGAUACCUGGCCACUCCGCUGCCACUCCGAGCCUGCCAAACAGGGCGCAUCGCCGUAACCAGGCCGCCAUCUUGGAACGCACCAGCGGCCUUCUCCGUAGAAGGUCACAGGUCAGGUUUCGGAGAGGAGCAGUGAAGCCCUCCCCCCCGUGGCCGCGCUCGGUGGUGUGGUCGGAGGAGAAUGGCGGUGAUCGUGACGCGGGGGCUCCGCGUCCUCCUGCAGACCCUCAGGUGCGGCAUGUUCGCUCCUCCGCCGCCGCCGAGACUCCGCGACUGCCGGCGCUGCGCCAGACGAUACUUACUUUCAGACAAUGUGAUACGCUUGCUCGAGUUCCAACAGAAGAAGGUUGCACUUGCAAAUCAGUUAUAUAUCAGUAGGGAUCAAUAUUUCAAAUCAAUUCAGGAAAAAUUAAAAAAGAAUGAACUAAUCCUCAAGGAUGAUUUAAAAAUAUUGUUACAUUUGUGUCAAAUACCAGCAGAAGUAGAACUAGCAAAGGAUGUAAUUUACAGGUACCAUGCUGAAAACAAAAACAUGGCCUUUGGAGAAUUUAAGUUUGGACCUCUGUUCGUAAGGCUGUGUUAUGAAUUGGGUCUUGAAGGAACUGCAGAAGAGAUGGUGAAAGACCAGAAUCUGAAGGGUUUCUUCAAUGAUUCAACUUCAUUCAACAUUUUGAUGGACAUGCUGUUCAUGAAGGAAAGCUACGAGCGUGCCUUGGGAGUGUUAUUGGAAAUGAAAAAUCAAGAAAUAAGAUUUAAUAAAGACACCUACACACUUGCAUUUGCUAUCUGUUACAAGUUGAAUACGAUUGAAUCCUACAAGUUCUGUACUGCGUUGUUAGAAGAAAUAUUGACAAGAGGCAGUUUUGUCCCCCGUCAUGCAUUCUGCUUUGCAAUAGCACUUGCAAUCAAACAGAAUGAUAUUGAAAAGGCUUCGUCAGUCUUUUCACGGAUUAUACACUCGAACAACAACAUUUGUCAUAAUCUUCAUGUCUAUCUACUGGCUUUGUCAGGAGAACAGCAGAACUUGAUCUCUGCUUUGGAGGCAGCGCUUGGAAGCAGUGUCUCGAAACUUGUGAAGAAAGUGUCUUUUUCACAAGAAGUGAUGGCUGUAGUCCAAGAAGCCAUGAAGAGCAGCACAGAGCUACAGAGCCAGUAUGAGGAUAUCUAUGGAUUACUGCAACAAUCUGGACAAAUCACAGCUCUAAGUCUCGAUGACAUACUCUGCCAAACACCAGUUGGAAGGAAACUUCUUAACCCUUUGCUAGAUCAAAGGAAAAUUAGCCGGCGGACUUUCAAACCUCUGCGGUCAGCAUUGCUGUCUGAGUAACAGGAAUGGACUAUGCAAUCUCUGCAUCCUUUCUAAAUUGGUGGUAUCCAUUUGCUCACCUGAAACAACUGUUUCAAAGACUUGGUUCAAUUAACACUAAACAGUAUAAAGCAUACGUGAAAGGUAUUAAGUUUAGUUUCUUUACAGAUCUUGUAAUUGUUACCUUAAGUGGAAAUAUUGAUCUUCAUUUAUGAGAAGGUUUCAAAUGAAUAACCACAUAGUUAUAUUUUACCUUAAGUAAGAUGUAGGAGGAAAAAGCAGUAACCAAACCUAUUGCUUUUCUAUUUGUAUAUCCAGAGACCUUGCAAAUAAUUGAGAAUAUUUUAUCACAUUUUAUUAAUGAGGUGGUAAUUCAUUAUCUAUUGUGAUUCAAUUUAAAACAGAAGCCAUAGCCUUGCCCCAAAAGAACAAUGAAGUUCUAGGUGAUUGGUCACGAAUUUUGUAAAGUUAUAACAAUGCUGACAGAGUUGUUCUUACUGCAGGUAGAAAAGAGCUGAGCCGCCUUUAUUUGCAGAAAUAACUUAUACAGUAAUUAGUGUUUUUUUUAGCAUAAUUUCCUAUUUUGGGGUAUUUCAACAGGUUUAGAACAUUGUUUCACUUUACUUUCCUGCUUUGAUUGAAACAAAUGGUAUUUCAUGGCCAUGAGAGUGAAGUAUUGGGGAAAAUUUCCAGAAGUUGUGUGUAAUCCGUGGAGAGAGAAAGGGAGACAGAUUUCUGUUAUGUGUCCUUAUCACCAGUUUGUGAGAAUUGUUAGCAUUCUUACUUAAAUGUGAUCAAAAAUGUUGGCAUAAGUAUAAACCAGAAAUAAGCCUCUUCUACCUCAUCCAACAUUUUUAUUACAAUUGAUAAGCUUAGAGAUUUCCCUGUUUUCCUUUAAAUGACAAUGCAUUGUAAUUGUUUUCAAACUACGAUUUGCAUUCAAUUGUAUCCUUUA